GAUUACAAACAAAUAGUGGCUUAAACGAGGCCCCAAUCAAUGCAAGUUGAUAUUUAACUGUUUGCUGAGCAAGUGCCAAUCUUUUACUCUCAGGAAUUCUGCCAUCAGCAGUCACUUAGUCGCUCCUUUUUUGGACAAGGCAGCAGGUUUUUUUCUAAUUUAAAUUUAAGGCAUAAUUCCAGAUGAUCAGGGCGACUAAGUAGAAUCAAAGUCUUUGAGACCUGCAUUACAGCAACAAAACUAUAAACAGAAGAUAAGUUGCAAGGACAUGGACCUUCAUCUGACACUCCUGCUGAUCUGUCUUUGCAGCCAAGCAGUCACUUAUGCUGAAGUGGCAGACAAUGAGUCAAUCCCUUUGGUGCCUCUCAUUCCUUUGAUGCCCAGCCACCCCAUAGAGAAAGUAGAAAAUGAAAGUACACCACAACCACCAACUGCACAUAUCACAGAAGCACCUAUAAUUGCAACAACCAUAAGUAGCGGGCCCAAUGGGAGUUCAUCAGAGGAGAAAGAAGAUGAGGACUGUUGGCCUAUUGGGCGAAGCCCACACUCCAGGGAGGCCAUUGCUGCUGCCAUUCAAAAACUUGGUGUGCAGCUGCUGCAGAACCUGGAGACGACGCCUGAGGAGCCGAAUGUCAUCAUAUCUCCCUUCAGCAUAUCAUUAGCACUCUCCCAGUUGACUUUAGGUGCAGCAAAUGAGACACAGGAGCUGCUGAUGCAUCAUCUCCAUGAAAACACUCUCCCCUGCUACCACGAGUCUCUGCAUAAUGUCUUAGAGCAGCUCAGAAACACUGACCUGCAGAUUGCCACACGUAUCUUCCUGCGCCAAGGGUUUCAGCCAAAACAGAAGUUUGUUGAUGAGUCUCAGCGGUUAUAUGACUCGGAGCCAGCAGUCUUGGAGAGCCUGCAGCAGAUCAAUGACUGGGUGCACAACUCAACUAAUGGAAAAAUGACUGACUUCCUGUCUGCCUUACCACCCAAUCUGCUCCUCAUGCUCAUUAAUGCUGUUCAUUUCAAAGGAGAGUGGAAAGCCCGAUUCGACCCACGCUUUACCUCUAGAGGCGUGUUCUACCUUGACGACAAACGCAUGGUUGAUGUUGAAGUGAUGGAAGACGCUAAACAUCCUUUGAGUUUAUUUAUUGAUAAUGAACUGGAGGCUCAGGUAGCGAGUUUCCCAUUCAUGAAGUCCAUGAGCUUGUUGGUGGUCAUGCCUAUGUCUGGUGAGGUGAAUGUGUCUUCACUUUCCACAAAGCUGAAUCUCUCAGAUCUGUAUAAUCGUCUGCCAAAGGAGAAGGCCAUUCAAGUUAAAGUUCCUAAAUUUAAGCUGGAGUAUGCUCAAGAGCUAAAGGAUGUUUUUUCCAAACUGGGCCUAGGAGAGGUGUUUUCUAGUCCCAACUUGGCUGAAAUGGCAGACGGCCCCUUGCUGGUAUCCAGUGUGAUGCAUAAGUCUAGCAUGGAGAUUAAUGAGGAGGGUGCAGAGGCUGCUGCAGCCACCACUGUGGUCAUCUCACGGGCAUCCAGCCCUGUUUUCCACCUGAUCCAACCUUUCUUCUUUGCCCUGAUGGAUGAUGUGACUCAAGUGCCAAUCUUCAUGGGUGUCAUCAACAACCCAAAUCCUGGAGCUCCUGUUUUGCAGAGGGGAGAACUCGGCAGCAAAGAUAAAGUGGGAUUCCCAAUUGAUAAAAAUCAUGUUGGCUCAUUUGGAGGCCCACCUAAGUAAGGACUAAUACAUGCACUGCCCAGACCAAGACCUCUAUGAUUGUACAGAUUAAAUGUACAGUAUCACAUAGCUCGAUCAGCAUGUGUGUGGAAACAGAUGCUUCAUAUGUGUCUAUUUCACUGUCAAAUAAACACACAAAAUAGCCCAGUAUCCCAUGUGAAGAAAAGCACUUAUUUCUUUUAAAAAUAUAUUUCAUGACAUUUCCUGGUGAAGAAACUUUUAAAAUUAUGAUAUGAUGCAAGAAAUUUCCAAAUGUAAGGACCUUUUCACAGCAUGACUGCACAAUUUUGUAUGUAGUUAAAGUUGUUUUUAAAAAGAUUACAUGUAAUGGGAUAAUAAAGUGAAGUAAUAAAG